AUGGGGAACGCUCUGAAGCGGAUGGUCUUCCAGCCUCCGUCCCAACCGACGUACGAGUGCGACUCGAGGUUUAUCUGGCUCACCACUCGAAGACGCCAGCGAAUCCCGGCCUUUUUCAUCGACAUAGGGGCAAAUCUCACAGUCAUUUUCAGCCACGGGAAUGCCGAAGAUAUCGGCAUGGUCAUUGAGUACUUCAAGGAGGUCGCCUGUCUAUGGAACUGCAACUUUUUCGUCUACGACUAUGUCGGCUACGGGCACAGCUCAGGGAAGCCCUCUGAGCAGGGCGUUUAUGACUCCAUCGAAGCAGCGUUUGAUUAUCUGACCCAGCAGCUUGGCAUGCCGGCUGCAUCAAUCGUCGCUUAUGGCCGAUCUCUCGGCACAGGCGCUUCCUGUCAUCUGGCGUGUAAACAUAAGCUUGCGGGAAUGAUUCUCCAGAGCGGGCUGACCUCCAUCCACCGUGUGGGGCUGAACACCCGCUUCUCGCUUCCAGGAGACAUGUUCUGCAACAUUGACAAAAUCGGCAAAGUCGAGUGCCCCGUCUUCAUCAUCCACGGAACCAAAGACGAAAUCGUGCCCGUCCACCACGGAAUGGAACUGUACAAUAGAUGUCCCGUGAGUGUGACUCCGUACUGGGUGGAAGGCGGCGGCCACAACAACUUGGAGCUUCUGGGCCGGCGAGCGUUCUACGAGAAUGUCGCGCGCUUCCUCAAAUUCAUUCGGGCCCGAAGUACCCAGCUAGAACUUCGUUCUCCAAAUACCCUCUGUUCCUCGGCGAGUCUCAGUGCGCGAUAA